ACAGUUUACGCCGCUCGUUAUCGAAUUACCGAGUAGUGAUUUAGUUAAUUUGUAAACAACUUCAUAUUGAAAAUGGCCGUUCGUGCAGUUUUAUUUCUCGCGCUGUGCUUAAUAUAUGUGGCAACUUCGGAAUAUGUGAACAGGAAGUUUUGUCCAAAUGUGGACCAAUCAAAGUGUAGCAUACACAGCGUGAAGCUAGACCCAUGUGCGGACGGGCCUGGGUUCUGUCUGAUGCGCCGAGAGAAACCAUAUCGACUCAGCUUUGAUUUCACACCACGAUUUCAAGCGGAUAAAUUACAAUUAUCAUUGUCGAGUGACGAUAAUCACCGUGGUAACUUCAGCACCGUGAUAAUGCCAGCGCAUGACGCCUGCGAUCAUCAGAUGUGUCCCUUAGAGGACUAUGUCAGGACUACGUAUGACGUCGACUUUGUAUUUGUUAAGAAAGUCUACGGUAAAUUCCCGAUCCAAAUGAAACUUUGGAACGAGCUCAACAAAUCAGAAGCUUGCUGUUUUACAUUUAUCGUCAAAACAUUAAAAUAAUCAUAAUAUAAGUAUUCAUUAUUUCAUGGUAAUUUCUUUAUUUAAAUAAAAUCGUUAUUA